GACGUCGAACCACGCCAACAACCAUAUGGCCCAGGUCGGUUUGGGAAACCCUAAGGUGUUGGAUGAAAGCGAUCAGGGAGCUACCAAGAUGUCGGUCAACGAUCGCAUAAGGGAAGCAAGGACAGUGAUUGCUGCAGACGUAAGGCCCAUCAAGAUUACGGUGAGGGAGAAACCGUCCAGCGUGGAAGUUCAGAGCGGCAACUUAGGUCCUCACGUCAGUAUUUCUAACGGACUCAACGAAAGACCAGGCCUGCCCCCCGCGCAGCAUCAGACGCCACCGGACGAACCGGUGUCCAAAGACGAGCCGCCCCCUAACGCGUGCAAACGAUUUCUUGGGGCCUGUACCGAAAAACUGUCCUGUAGAAAAUUGGCGACCCGGACGCCCCGAGUCGAAGAAGACGCCGCGGGAUGCUUCGCUUGCUUGAAGAAAAAGACUGCGGAGCCGGACCAAGUGCGCAUCAACGUCGAACAAGAGGACGAGGAGGGGGAGAAGAAGAAACUGUGGGAUCGGCUCAAGUGUUGCAAGAAGAAUAGGGUGGCGGACAUGCAGAGCUGUCUUCCGAUCGGGAAACGGAAAGGUAGCUGGCUGGAAAGAUCGGAAAGCCUCGCCGAAACCGCUGAAGCGGAAAGCGCGAAAUGCUGCUCGAAGACGAUGUGCAAGAAAUUCUUCCGGGCUCUGUUUUGCGUGAACGUGUGUCUCGGAUGCGCGGCUCUAUGCGGCAGGAAAAAAACCGAAGAGUUGCCUAUUAGUCGUAAAGCGUCCAUGAUCAGCAGCAAGAAGAAGAGUUUAACGCCGACCACUCUGCCUCCACCUGAAGAUACUACCCCAAAAAUCGACGCCUCGCUCGUAGAGCACACCUCCCAUAUGAAAGCGGCCAUACCGAUCCUACCGGUAUGGUUAGCGUGGUUCUGCUGCGUCAUGAAUUGUAUCGCACCAGGAACAGGGACCAUACUGAGUGGCUUUUUCUGCCUAUGCAUCGGAAAGCCGCGGUUCUCCCAAAAGGACGGGCCUAAACCUCGAAUCGGGGCUUUCCUGAUAGACCUCAUCAUCGGUUUCAGUCAAUGCUUCACGGUGUUGUUUUGUCUUGUCGGCUGGGGCUGGUCCAUAUGGUGGGGCGUUAUUAUGGUCAAGAUUGCGAGGCGGCAUAAGAAACUGAAGCAAAUGGAAAAUCUAGAAGAAAACGCAUCGAGACCUACUCCGAAUCCAAAUUUGACGCGGGACGCGGAUAGAAGAGUUUAAACUGAUUAGAUCGCCGUCUGGCGUAGUCUAGACGUACCUAAUGAAUUUAUAGAGGGUCAGUUUAUUUUGGGACAGAAGAAAUAGAAAAUGAAGCGAUAAGUUAGAUACAAAUAGAAACACAGAAAUGCAAUAUUGUGUUUGAUCAAAACCUGUGACUGGUAUAUACCGGACGAUACGAGAAGGCGGGAGCACUCUAUAAGUUUAAAAUGAUUUAAUGCAGCUAUUCGAAAUUUGGGUAGCUUAAGACCGACCAAUUUUUGCAAUUGUUCAACACUAUCCUUUCCUUACUUAUCAAUGUGAAAUAGCCUUUAAAGUAAUCAACUGAUCAUUUUUUCUCAUAAUGGCAACAAACAUUUUUUAACGCUGGGAAUUUUUGCAACAUUUGGAACCAAAAUUCUGAAAACCCGUUAAAAAAUAAGCUCGCUUGAAGAAAAAAAAACAUAUUAGUAAUUUAGUAAUUACAUAUUUAUAGAAAACAACUACUGAGGCACAAUUUCAAAUUCUGACAGUUUGAACAUUUUUGCCUGGUUACUGAUUUGUUCGUGUAACUGUUUUAAAGUAUUAUUGUCAUUGUCCAUAGAGCUAUGGACUGGGAAUGUAGAAAAAGCUCUGGCGGAAAGCUCGCGCAAAGAAAAAAAUAAUUUUUUUUUUAAAUUCAAGAUUUGAAUUUGAAAGAUUUUCAAAAGAUAAAAUAUUUACGAUUUUUGAGCUAUUAACAGUGCUUUACGGUAAAUAAGUUGAUACAUUUUUUUCAUUAUUACAGUCUUCUGAAAAAGUAUCCGCAGGCAGACAUCUCGGGUUGCAAGCUUCAUACACUGUAUGACCUUGUCCGGAGUUUUUUCUGCGUUUCUCGUAUAUCAGAAACAAAUUGUCUUUCUUUCCAUUUGCACAUAAAUUAACACCAGGUAAAAAUGUACAAACGAUGCGUUAGCAUAGAGGCAAAACGACCUAUGCAAGAUUUUGUUUUUCUACAAUUGUAUAUACUGAUUUGCUUGUUUUCCUUCCGCCGAGCUUAUUUUUUAACGGUUUUUCCAAAUUUUAACAUUACAAUGUUGCAAAAGUACCGGUUUUAAAAUCUGAUUUUUCACUAGGUCUCAAUUUGAAAAAACUAUGUUGUUCAAAAAGAAAUGUGAUUUACUGCAUUAUUACUAGAUAUGUAAGGCAGUCUAAUCUAGAAUUUAUCCCUUCACUAGUCUGCCCGAUAAAUCUUGUUGGGUCACCCGGCUUAACUACGUAAAGCCGUAGACAAUUUUUUUCUCUAGGGAAACCUUUAUUAUGUAAUGUUGAAAAGUAUCUUCUUCAAUAGAAUUUUUCUAAUAGUCACAUGGAAAUUUAACAUGACUCAAUGACAAACGUUAAAUGACUUUUAAAUUAAUUAAUCUAAUUGAACCUAUUCUGUCGCAAUAAGUAACAAUUUAUUACACUGAACGCUAGGUAUCAUAGGUCAUUUAACGUAAACCACAUUUACAUACAUACAUGUUUUUUUUUAACAAGAGUUAAUUUGCUUUUCGGAAAAAUUAUUCUAGAUUUUUCUGAAAUGGACAAAAUUAUUGAAUAUUUUUUAAUUUUCAGACUUUAGACUACGUACAACUAAAAAUCUAUUUUAAUAAUAAACGUAAGUGAACAAUCCCAAAUUUUUAUGACAAGAAUAUAAUGAAAAAAAAUAUCAACGCUGUGAAAAUUAUUCAUUCUUCUUGGCAGGCUGCUAAGCAUAACUUGGGUAUGUGGUUCAUCAAGCCGAAGCUGUUCUAUUGUAAAUCCUACAUGUGUUCAAUCGGAUUUAAGUCAGGGCUAUAUGGUGGCCAAUAUAAUCUUUGAAUCUAGACUGCAUUGCACGUGCAUCAAUAUGGUCGAUAUAUGGCACACCAUGACCUCGCAGAUGUUUCCGAUGUAUUCGUUCUAGUCCACCACUGCUUUCAAAACGAACGGUCUUUAUGAAAUUGCAGCUUCUUUGCCACAUACUAAAAUACGUGGUUGAUAACAUCUGCUUUUAAUAAUUCGUAUUCCACGAUAUAUGUGUUCUGGCAAAUUGUAAUCGACGAACUUCGCGAUUUUGAAUGCUUGCUUCUUUCAAUGUUCAAUGUUUAUGAACUCGCAUUUAAUAUGUCAUUUUUGAGGCGAGUGAGGUGAGAGAAUUAAGCAUCAAAAAUAAGUCAUCGCCGUUGCUGUUGUGAUAUCUUUUUAAAUAUUCAAUAUUGUAAGACUGUGAAUAUUGUAUGGCAAAAUGCGCAAGAAACAAUAAUAAAAUGCCACUAAUGUUAUUUAAACCUCAAAAUAUGACUAACUAGAUGAUUAAUAUCAGUACAUACAAAUUCACUUCUAAUGAAGUUUUAGUGAUUACAAAAAAUAUUCCAUAAUUUUGUCCUCGAGUGUAUUUAUGUGGGAACAUUGAUUAUCAUUAAAAACUAUUUAUCAUCAACAUUAAAUAGCGAAGUUUGUUUGACGCGGAAAAAAAUGAAGUGGUGAGUCCUCAGCGAAUAUAGUUAUGUUCGGCUUGUUUAAAAAGACUCCUCUGUCUACUCCUUUUCAUUCAUGUAUGAUUGACGAUAUGAUGACAGAGAUAUAAGGGACACGAAACCAGCUUCAAUUAAACUGUUGCAGGGCGUGACAGAUGAUGGAUCAGUCACAUUUAAUUACAUUACAAAAGCAAAGUGAUUGCUUUGAGCAAUGUUUUCAAGUUUACUGUUUCACUCAGACUUUCAAUUGAGUUGGGUUAAAAAAUAUCUUAAACAAGUUUUGCAAAAACAGCUUACACGGGCACAAAAAGUGACAUAGAACUAAAGCAAACAAAAAAAUUGAAUUUGGUUAGCUUGUCUAUACCAGAAUAUAUAUUAUAUUUGAAAAUCACUAAAAUUUUGUCCAAAUUUACAUUAGACUUUAAAGCUUAAUCAAAAAAUAAGAAUUAUAUAUAUUUUUUAAAUGUUAUUUUUUGUAGACAUUUUAUUAAUACUUUUGAUAUUAUACAAAAUUCUACUUCAGUAGCUCUGCCUUCAACAAGGAUAGUUAGAUAUUAUAAUUUCAACUAUUGCUUCAUCUCCUAUAUUUUCCAAGAUAGAGUGUCUCAAGAUAGUCGGGCCAUCAUCCUGUACAGUCGCACAAAAAAUUUCGCUGGUCGAAAGUUCUAACGUAUUUUUUUAAAAGACAAACUGUUUAGGAGUUUAGGUAAAGUAGUUCAAAUCGAAAUCCGGCCCCAACGGUAAUAUUAAAUAUUCGAAAAUAUUUUUUCAAAUGCAAUAAACAAAUAGGUUGUACAAAAUGUAAAUAGUUCUUUCGUACUUGGAUCAUUGGCAACGAUUUCUUUCUGUAAAAUUUGAUUCGGUUACCGCGAAAAGGGGAAACUAAAAAAAAUUGGUGCCUUCACUAUAAAUAAAAUUGUUAAAUUUUAGGUGCUUACAGAGUUUCGGAAACUUUCCGUUGUAUUUUUAGCGGCAACAGAGAUGGAUAUAUGCCAAUAAAAUUACGACAAAAAUUAUCGGAAGUGAAACGACAUAGAAUUUAAGAAAAGUCGGGUUAAACAACCGUUGGCAUGUAAAGUUGCGCCAUCUCUGCGCUAAAUAUACAUAAUGUU